AUGGCUGCCAGAAACAGGCGGGAGUCAAAGUUGCGAAAACCCGCAUCCAAAAAUGUAAUCCGGAAUUCGAAGAAUAGGCAUAGGCAAGAUCAGAGUACCAAUUACAGAGACAACCCCGGAAUAUCAAAUCGUCGCAAUAACACGAAAUUGUACCUUCUGGGGUCACCAUGCCCCGGACGAUAUAUCCAGUCUAUCCUACUGACUACCACACCCGAAGAAACAAAAGAGGCCGAAGUGAAAUUUGUGACGAGUGAGAUUCAACUCACAGGGUUGCUGAUCGAUAACGCUGAGCUAUGGUCAACAAAUACCACUCGCUUACUUGUAGCCCUUCAGGAGUCCUUUCAACGCGUGCCUUCCUUUAGAGGUAUCUCUCAAAUGCGAGUCACUUUGGGCUCGUUUUCUUUCGAGCAGUACCGUUGGCCCAAUGAUCCCCAGAAUGGGUAUUCAGUCGACGAAUUCGAUGAUAUGCUUUCGCAACCGAUAACUAGAGGCCACAUCAAGCUCGGGCUCCCGAUAGAUCAAUUAGUGGAUCGAAUUAGCCAGGCGAGUGAAAUUUUCAUUCUCGAGAAUGGUCAAAGCCCGAUUUCCACAGCCCGUCGUUCCGUGAAGGUGGAAUUCCCACCGCAGAAUAAAAAAUCGGUCCACUUAGAGGUCAACUUCCAAGCGUCCGGAGGACAUUAUGAAAAAGUUGGCUCUUGCUGGGUGGAAUCUGAAUUUGGUAUGCCACCAGCUGAGAGCCGGCCGCUACUACAAGCGGUCAUGCUAAAUCCAGAGAGAGCUGAUCUCGAAUUCAAGAUCAGAGAGAAGCCGAUACUAGAGCCGGGUCAGCUUGAUGCUUCCAUGUGUGACGUACAGGCUAAUAUCCGGUUCGGGCCAUUCGGUAAUGACACCGUCGAUUUCUCCCUCGUGGCACCGGCUAGACGACAUUCGAUGCUUCCUAUUGAUGCACGUAUCUUUCGUCUUUUAGAAAAAUCCACGGUGCAAUACCCAAUCAGAGAUACAGACUAUGUGUUGGAGAUAGCCCGCUAUGAUGUUUACUAUCCAAAGCCAAAUCGCCAUGCUACAGAUUCUACUUCGUACCUAGACUUCAACCCUCCCACUUCGUUUGGCGAAGCUGUUCUGUAUGGCCAAAGUUGGGACGACGGUAUGAAUGCCAUUGGCAGAAUUCAAGAUACCGAAAACUUCAAUUUCGACUCCGCCCUUGGUGCAUUAUUCAAGCUCGAAGGGCAAGAGACACCGAGGGAUGCUUUGGAGCGCUUUAUCAUGAUUGCCACAAAUGUAGCUGGGUUAUGGAAUUCCACUGGCCCGCAACUAAUGGAAUCCAUUCCCCGACCACUCUCAACUCCAUGUGCCACAAUGACCAAACCUAUGUCUGUUAAGGAAGGAAUCCUUAUCGAUCUGGACUAA